AUGGAUGGAGAUGAUGUUUCCCAGACUGAAUCUUGCUUCAAAUUGCUGGCCACUGUCAAGCUCAUCACAGAGAACGCUGCAGAAUGCCACAGGCAACUCGUGGGUCACGAGUUGUUAAGCCUGAAAGACGACCACCUAGAUCUUGACAACCAAAUUAGAGAGCUGGGUGCUGAGAUGUGCAAGCUUCAAGAGAAUAAUCAAGAUAUCACUAUCCAUGCCGAUUAUGCCAAAGAGUUGGGAGAAAAGCGGAAAAAGAUCGUCCGCGACAUUGCUAGGAGAGCACGCAAGGAACCUCUCACGCUGGCCCAUGUCGAGCCACAUAUCAAAGAAUUUAUGGCUAAAACUGAUAAGGCUAUGGAGGUCAUACUUGUGUAUCACGACCAACUAAGAGCACGAUCUCUGCCACCUACCCCACCUACCGACGUGGGCGAUGAUAGCGACAACGACGCGCCACUCGAUCCAGCGAGUUCUUCCCCUGCCUUUCCCAACCCUAACCUUCGAAGUCAUCCCCAUAGCAGGCAGACUUCCCCAGACGCAGGAGGCCACCCAUUUGCCAACCGUCGCGCACGUUGUCGCGAGACCACGACCGCGGAAAUAGGUGGGUUCCCCGGUCAGAAGAUCACGGAGACACCGGCAGGAAGUGGCGAGUGGUAUGUCUUUCAUUGUGAAGAGCAUAGUCUGCCCCUAGAUGGUCUUUCGCGUCCAGCACAGGCUGCCGCAAGGCAUGCUAUAGCGCAUGGGCUCCCACCAACUCGCCCAUCUGCCAUUGAAGCCUUUGGCAUCAAGAUCGUUGAUUGCGACGCUACAAUAGCCAAGGCACACAACGAUCGGGUCGUUCUCAAGUCUAAGUGUAAGGGCUUCUCCCAAGUUACGAGAGGUACUGGCAACAACCCUUAUCGUCCUCAACGUGGCGCACGCACUGACAGCGAUAUGGCAUCGCUUCUUGGCGAUAUUAGCCCCUCACAUCCUCGGCAUAUCCCUAUCCGACAAGCAGCAGCCACGAGAAAGCGCACCAUUCUCACACGGGAACUGGACGGCACUGUAACGCCCGUUGAGAUUACCGCCAAGACAAUCUACUGGAUCAAGUGGCCAGACGAUGGCAUCUGCUAUCCCGCCUACGUUAUUCCCUGGUCAUCCUUCCCUCGAUUUCGGAGCAAGUACAUCGCCCCAGUUGAUCGUGGACUGUUGGAGUCGGUAGACGAGUUACCAGCCUGUUAUGACAAAGCCCAUGGUCUCGCUGGUGUUUGGGCAGAGGGAUACAAAGGCGGCCAACGAAACAUGCAUAAGAGGGUGUAUCCCGUCAUCUUCUUUACGCUUGGGAAGAGGUUUCCGUGGGAGUGUGAGACUGCUUGGGCUGCGGAGGAGGACUUUCGUGUCUUUGAUGGCGACAAGGAAGACCCUCAGUUCAAGGCGUUGGUUGACCAUUGGAAAGCGAGAGAGAAUCGCCAGACUCCAGAUGAUGAGUUGAUCAGAAUGAGCAAGUUGAUGAUCUUAUGUUUUUCUGGUUUCGGUUACUGA